AUGUCUUCCCCUGCUUCCAUCCCUUCUGGCGCUUCGACCCCGGAACCUGAGAAUGUAGAUACUGUACAGGCUGGAGGGUCGGAUGGAAAUGCUGUCGAGGAAAAGGGAAAGGGUGUGGCUGCAGACCAGAAUGACGUCGACGGCGAGCAACCCGUAGCGUCUUCCUCGACCUCACCGGCUCCGACUGCGGCGCCGGCGGCAACUGCGGCAGUGGCGACGAACGGCGACUGGCAAGCGAUAUGGUCCCCUCAGCACAACGCCUACUACUUCUUCAACGCGGUCACACAACAAACGACUUGGGAGAAUCCGCUUCAGCCCUCUUCUGCCGCCGCCUCUUCUUCCGCUACACCAGACAAGUCGGCAUCUCCCGGUCCCUCCACUGCUCCCGAAUCAGAUACGCCGGCAGCUCUGGCGAAGAUGUAUGCUCUUCAGCAGGCAGCGGCAGAGCAAGGCAUCGACCCGGCACUGGCGUACCUCGACCCCUCAUUAGCUAGCUCGUCCUCAGGCGGGUCCGGAUACACGGCCCGAUUCAACGCACGAACAGGCGCCUUUACAGCAGCGGACGGUCGCGACCCCAGUCACCUCAGCGAGUACGAACGCAUGAAACGCAUGAGCUCUGUCUAUUUCGACUUUGGCGAAUGGGAGAAGGAGGUCGCGGAGAGAAAGAAACGAGAAGCGGAGGAGCUCGAGGCAACCGGUGGCAAGAGGAAACGGCCGAGUAAGAAAGAUUUGGAAAGGUUCAAAGAGCAGAAGAAGCAGAAGAAGAUCGCGAAGACGGCUUGGUUGCGCAACUAG